AAAGUUUGAGCUGGAAUUAACGGCUUUCUGCAUGUUACACGUCUGAUUCCCAUAUCUUUUUUAUUCUGCGCUCGUCUAAUUAAAACUAUCCAGUGGGCUCUGGGUUCAUUGCAAAGCAUCUAAUCUUUUUCUGCUAGACAUUUCGUCGAACAUCAUCCUGUUAUAGGAAAGCAAUAGCAGUUGGGUCUUUUGUUGUUGAUCAACGAGAAUGAGUUUCAAGGAUGACGCAGAAGAAGGGAGGGAUCUCCGGAAACCGUUUCUCCAUACCGGGAGCUGGUAUCGGAUGGGCUCUAGGCAAUCUAGUUUGAUGGGGUCAUCACAAGUCAUUAGGGAAAGCUCCAUAUCUGUUCUUGCCUGUGUUUUGAUUGUUGCUCUGGGUCCUAUCCAAUUUGGUUUCACUGCUGGUUAUUCUUCUCCUACUCAAGAUGCAAUAACAAAGGAUCUUGGACUGUCUGUCUCAGAGUUUUCCCUAUUUGCCUCCUUAUCCAAUGUGGGCGCUAUGUUUGGGGCUAUAGCCAGCGGUCAGAUAGCUGAGUAUAUUGGGCGGAAAGGGUCUUUAAUGAUUGCUGCUAUUCCCAAUGUCAUUGGAUGGCUUGCCAUAUCUUUUGCAAAAGAUACAUCUUUUCUUUAUUUGGGAAGAUUGCUGGAAGGUUUUGGUGUGGGAAUAAUCUCAUAUACGGUGCCUGUUUAUAUAGCUGAGAUAUCACCUCAAAACUUGAGAGGGAGCUUGGGUUCCGUGAACCAGCUCUCUGUUACAAUUGGAAUAAUGCUGGCUUAUCUGUUGGGAAUUUUUGCUCAAUGGAGAAUACUAGCAGUUAUAGGAAUACUGCCAUGUACAAUUUUGAUACCUGGUCUAUUUUUCAUUCCAGAAUCUCCUCGUUGGCUGGCAAAAAUGGGUAUGACAGAAGAUUUUGAAGCAUCUUUGCAAGUUCUUCGAGGCUUUGAUACUGAUAUUUCCUUUGAAGUGAACGAAAUCAAGAGGUCAGUAGCAUCAACAAGCAGAAGAACUACAAUUCGUUUCGCAGAACUCAAGCAAAGGAGAUAUUGGUUUCCUUUGAUGGUUGGAAUUGGGUUACUUCUGUUGCAACAACUUAGUGGCAUCAAUGGUGUUCUAUUCUACUCUACUACAAUUUUUGAAUCUGCAGGGGUUGAAUCAAGCAGUGUGGCAACAUUUGGACUGGGUGCUGUUCAGGUUGCUGCCACUGCAGUAGCCACAUGGUUAAUGGACAAAGCAGGCCGAAGGCUUCUCCUUAUAAUCUCCUCUUCUGGAAUGACUGUUAGCCUCCUAAUUGUUGCUGCGGCAUUCUUUUGGAAGGAAUCUAUAUCAAGCGAUUCUAGCCUUUAUGGAAUAUUGGGCAUUUUAUCAGUAGUUGGAGUUGUGGGAAUGGUGGUUGCCUUCUCUCUCGGCAUGGGACCCAUUCCUUGGAUUAUUAUGUCUGAGAUACUUCCAAUCAAUAUUAAGGGUCUCGCUGGAAGUGUAGCUACCCUUGGUAACUGGCUCGUUUCCUGGAUCAUUACGAUGACAGCAAAUUAUCUCCUAGACUGGAGCGAUGGAGGAACCUUUACCAUUUACAUGCUCGUGAGUGCUUUUACCGUGGCAUUUGUGACCCUUUGGGUCCCUGAAACAAAAGGAAGAACCCUGGAAGAAAUUCAAUUUUCAUUCAGAUAAGGUUUUGCUGAGAAACGUAGUUGUUCCUUUCAUUUUCAAUAUUUCCUAGGGAUUAUAGAGAUAUUCUGCAAUAUGUAAAUUGUUGAACUUGGUACGAAGGAAGCCGCUGUAUCCAACCGGCAUUUUGUGUUUUUUGUAGCUUGAAUUUCUUAAUGACCCAGUUUCAUCUGGAAACAGAAAUUGCCAUUGUUUUAUGGAACAGAAUUUCAGCAUAUUUGUUUGAUUAAAUACCAUCGAUGAUGGAAGAUUGCUUUGAAUUUCAUGCUGUUCAUUUCAGUGU